AUGAUGGUCGGCCGCUUCGUCGGCUCGGCGAUCAUGCAGAAGGUGCCGACCGGGCACCGUGCUGGCGGUCUUCUCGAUCGGUGCGUUCAUCGUGAUGCUGGCGACCGUCUUCACCACCGGCCCCGUCGCCAUGUGGUCGCUGAUCCUGGUCGGCCUGUUCCACUCGAUCAUGUUUCUGACCAUCUUCACGCUGGGCAUUCGCGGCCUCGGCCCGCUGACCGAGAAUGUUUCGGGCCUGUUGAUCGGCGGCGAUCGCCGGCGGCGCGCUGGUCGCGGUGCAUGGCUGGCUGGCCGACCAUUGGCGUGGCCUGCGGCAGUCGUUUCCUGCUGACCGCCGUGUGCGACUCUACAUCCUGUUCUACGCGGUCUGGGGAUCGAAGCCGACCAACGCCUUCCCGGAUGAAGACGCGAACUGAUACCCGCCUUUAUCGUCUCGAUACGCUUUCUGCCCGCCAGCCACCACCAUCUUCGAGCCAUGUCCGGAUCGGCACCGAUGCCAGCGCUGGCGGCGAUCCACGAUCCGGCGGUGACGCUGGCCGUGUGGCAGCGCCCGCAGAGAAGAAUGCCCCGACCUGUCCUCGCUGCCCGCGAUCCGCUUCGCCGCACCGGCCGGACAGGUGGCGCAGCGGCUGGAGGAAUAAUGGGCGGCGCUCGCGCCAGGCCUUGUAG